AUCGGUGAACAGUVACUACACUUGAACGGAAAAUCAAUUUUUUUUUUUAAAGCGUGCCACUAUGGAACAAAAAGGGCGAAUGCAACUAAGGAACUUUAGUUAAUAACGCAAACAGCAAUGCCGAGCAGUCUACUGUUCGCUACCAGUAGCGAGGGGCGCGUGCAUACGCUGUCCACCAGCUCAAGUGGAUGGCGCGAGUUCCCAUAUCUCGGUCUGGAGUUCAAGAAAAUCAGCGCAGUCCCCAAUUAUAUGUGGGCUAUUGGCGGCGACCGACAAGUGUACGUUCAUGUGCACGGACUUGAUGUGCCAAUACGGGUGAAGGAGGAGUCUUACGAGAACGAGCGCUGGCUGCCCAUUGAGGGGUUCUCCAAAACUCUGCUGCCCACCGAUCGUUAUAAAUACUCCAACGCUGAUGGCAGUGUUGAAAGGAGCGUGGACAAGAUUCGCUUACCCUCCAUGGCCUGGCAGUGGGACGGUGAUUGGCAUCUGGACCUGGAAUUGGACGGACAACAGCUGCCUGAAGAUGGWUGGAUGUACGCCUUGGAUUUUCCAGCUUCAUACUCGGCAAAAAAGUCAUGGAACUCGUAUGUGCGUCGACGCAAGUGGAUACGCUUUCGCCGCUAUGCUGCUCUGAACAGUUGGUGUGCUGUCGCACCCCUGCACAAGGAUCCUACGCAGGAGCCCUUCAUUGAUGUGGCCAUAGGCGGCACACACGUGCCAAAUGCUCGAGCCGGCACGCUUUGUGUGUGGGCCAUAACGGCGCAUGGCCGCGCAAUGUUCCGGACUGGCGUAACUACCUUUGCGCCAGAGGGUCUACGCUGGACCGCCAUCAACACGCCCGUCGGCAGUGAACUGGCCCAGAUUAGCGUAGGUCCYACGGGUCUGGUUUGGGCUGUGCUCUACAAUGGGCGCGUCAUUGUGCGCACGGGCAUAACACGGGAUAAUCUGUCGGGUGAUGCGUGGCUGGACGUGAAAUCGCCGGUGGCCACCAGUUCACAGACAGAUACGCCACGAGGUCUGCGCAUUGUGCAGAUCUCGGUGGGAACCGAUGCGGUCUGGUGCAUAACAAACGAUCACCAUGCCUGGUUUCGACGUGGCAUCAAAGGUGAGGCGGCUGGCAUCAGUGAAGAUGCGGCCAUAGGCAGAUUACAGUGUCAUUCUAGUAUUAAAGCGCUCUCCCAUCGUGUGGAGAAAUAUCGUGUCAUAGCGAUGCAUUUGAAUCCGCGCUUCAAUGAGCGCACCACCGUGCUCAACUCUAUGAUUGAUUCCGAGUGGCUGGAUGAAGUACGCAAUGAUCGCAUGGUGUUUGCGCCUGGUGCGAGCUUCACUGUGAAAAUCAGGGCUCUUCAAAAUCAAUAUCAGAUUGUUGUGAACAAUGAACUCUAUGCCGAUUACAAAUACCGCACGGAUCCGGCGGCGGUUACCUGUCUCUAUGUCAGUGGGCGAGUGAAGCUAUUUAGUGUCAUCUAUCGUUCGCCGUCGGUGAUUUUAUCUAUGCAGCAAUUGCACUGGCGGCAGAUAGGCGGCCAUCUGAAGCGAGUGUAUAACAGUGGAGUGGAUGUCGUCUGGGGCAUAUCCUGCGAUAAUACCGCUUGGGCGUACAACGGCGGCUGGGGCGGUAUGUUCCUGAAGGGGCUGGAAGGGUCGGGCAAGAUAAACGCAAUGAUUGACACGCACACCUACUACGUGUAUGAGAAUCAGCGCUGGAAUCCCAUCAGUGGCUUCACUGCCAAGAGCCUGCCCACGGAUCGACACAUGUGGAGCGAUGCGACUGGGCGACAGAARCGUAGUAAGGAGCACACCAAGCUGCUGUCCACACACUGCGAAUGGAUAUCCGAUUGGGCCAUCGACUACAAUAUACCCGGCGGAKCGGACAAGGAAGGCUGGCAGUAUGCAAUCGAUUUUCCAGCCACCUAUCAUGCACAAAAGAAGCUAACGGAUUGCGUGCGCCGACGGCGUUGGAUGAAGAAAUGUCGACUCACCAGCAGUGGCCCUUGGCAGGAGCUAAGUCAUUCCAAAAUACUAGAUGCCUCACUGCAGGUCCUGGACAGUGAUGUGGACAGUGCACUGAACGUAGAGGAUAUGCCUGUUGCUGCAUGGGCCAUUGCCUCGAAUGGCGAUGUCUUGAUCCGUCAUGGCGUUUCCACACUAAAUCCUCGCGGAGAUACCUGGGAGCAUAUUGUAAGCGAUCAGCCGCUGGUUGGGAUUAGUGUGGGACCCACUGGACAGGUCUGGGCAGUUGCUCGCAAUGGCAUGAUCUUCUUCAGAUAUGGCAUCAGCAAGGUGAACCCUUGUGGUGACGCCUGGCAGCAGGUCGAAGCACCGUCUGGCGUUACCUUCAAAGUCAUYAGCGUAGGUCGUGCYGGCAUCUGGGCAUUGGAUAACAAACAGCGUUUAGCAGUGCGUAAGGAAGUAACGCGCACAUUCCCGGAGGGCUCACAUUGGCAAUUUCUCCCAAACUCUGCCAAUGUUCCGCCACACACAGAGACCCACUGCGGCUUUCGUUCCGUGUCCGUCGGCAAGGAAGUGUGGGCGAUUUCCCUAAAUGGCGUCAUAUGCCGACGAUGUGGAAUAACUAAUGAGAAUCCAGCUGGAGCUGGUUGGAGUCUAGGAAUCGCGGGCCAAUGGCAACACUUAUCCCUGGAGGGGUAUAUGUAACGAUCUCAUUCCGAUUUCAGUAUUUAUAGCGAUACUCUACACUCAAUAAUGAUAUAUUACAAACAUUGACUAUUGAACACUUGAGAUGAAAUGUUCAAUAAAAAGACAUUUAGUUUGUAUUACUUGCACUUUGGGUGUAGAGUCUCCUUACAUAAAAAUAUCUUGACUGCAGCAUUCUUCCUUUUUCCAUAAUAUGAAAUGCUUACACAUAAACUUGUAUUAAGCGUGAUUAUGUUUUAAUUUAUACGUUAUA